AUGGGUGAUAUGAGUGCCAAAAGGAGUGAUGCCAAGUUGUAUGAAAAGUUUAAAGUGGCAGCACCGGAAAUGCUGGCUCAAAUCAUCCAGCUGCUUGCAUUGUGCCAUAAAAUGAACAUCCAUGUGCCACGAGGGGUCAAGAACCUCUUCGAGUUCACAUGGGAGGAGCUAACAGUAACGACAGAAAGGAAAGCCAUCACUGGAGAAUACUGUCCUGUGGUCUAUUUAGUCCCCACCAUGGAAUCAUCUUUCUCUAGCACGACCUACAAGAGCCAUACGGGGACGAAAUCUAUCCCCAAAAGCACAAUGCCAGAGCCCAGCUAUCUGUCUCCUUCAGCAGAAAAUCAACAAAUACUCCUCAAGUUCCAGCAAAGGUCAGUCCACCUGCUGAGCGAACUCCUCAAGCUGAAGAUGAAGGUGAUGAUUGAUUCUGUUACUGGAUGUAGUUCCGAUGAGGUUACCAGAAAGUUUUUGGAGGCAGGUCAGCUGCUAUGUCCCAAGAACCAGGAGGAGGCAACUGAAUUAAUGGCACAAGCACCCAAAAAAAGAGUGUCAGCCAGCACCUGCAAGCCCAUCCCUAUUUCCUCCACCAUCCAACUAAUACACCAAGUCUCUGUGUCCUGCCUCACCUUCUCACUCGCUUCAAAGGAAAACAAACUACCAAAGGCCCCAGGUUCCUCUAAAUUCAAACCUAUGCAGGAAGUGAUAAAUGUUGACCAUCAGCAUGACCCGUGCCCUGAAGCCAGGCAGAAGCUCAGAGAAAUGUGCCGACAUAUAGAGGAAGAGAAGGCUGCAAUGAAAGCAAAGGGCCAUACCAAACCCCUAAUAGUGCAAAACUAUGCCACUGUGCUCGGGUCACCGUCCAUCUCCUCUAGGAAAAGUGGGCAGCUGGUCCCACCGCCAACAGAACGCAAGCCUAAACCACCAAAGCUCUAUUUUGCCUUUCCUGAUGGGACAGCAUUUAUUUUUUACCCAACAGGAAAUAUUGCUGCUUGCCAGUUCCCCAUGUGCUGUGUGGGAAAAACAAUCACCCUUCUCUUUAAUAAUGCUCCAAGUCUAGCUCUUCUGGCCUCUUUUAUAGCUGACUACCAGGCAUGUGUGCAUUAUUCCUUCAAAGCCAGCUGUUCACUUGCAUUGAUGAUGGAUCUUGAAGGAGGAGCAGUCAGGGACAGAGAUGGAUAUUUGACUCACAAGUGGAGUUGGGCUUCAAAGACCCAGACUUUUCAGUCUUUAGAAUUUCAGAUAAAUGAACAGCUAAAACUGAAGGUACUUGGUCAAAAUUCCAUUACUCUUUCUUUUUCCUGUUUGAAUGAGACCAUCAAUAUGUCUUUGUCAAGAACUCCAUGUGCACACACACCCAAAGCUGAAAAAUGGAUAUGUGCAAAGGCAAGUGAUGGUGAAGAGAAGGAACAACUGGAGAGAGCCUUGGAAGAGAUUAAGAAGCGAUUUCAGAAGACAGUGAAACAAUUUAUAAAUGCCAUUUUGAUAGCUUCAGGUAUGAUUCCUAUAGAAUAUCCAAUUCUAGAAGGAGCAAAGUAUGUCAAAUUUAAAAGGAAGGAACCGUCAUCUCAAGCCUGGGCUAAAAGAGUGAACGAACGUGCUCCAAUAGCUUCAGAAAUGAAAAGGCCUCAAAAACCUCCUAGCAGACCAAUUGACCAAAGGAUUCCUCCCAAGCCUUCUCGCAGACCCGUGGAUCAAAGGAAACCUUUCAGUCACUUGGAUACCGUGACCCAACCAAAGCCUGCACCAAGAGUUAAAACUAUUUCAGCUGCAGGGGCACGCCCUGCCAGUACCUGGGCAUCAUCUAUUGCUGACUGCCCAGUUGUGCUCCGGAGGCUGCUCUCCAAACAGGACACUGGCCUGGGCUGCAAGUGCGUCGUGAAAAUUCCAUUUGUUACUGACUUGGAGUUUGACAAGUUUAUUUCAGCCCCCAGAAAGUCCGAUCAGAUCCUGGUGAUCUUUGUCUUGUCAUCCCAAAACCCUUCCUAUUCUCCCUUCUUGGAAUGGAUGUUACAAAGCCUGUACAUGGAAAAACAGCAUGGCCGCCCAUCCCCUUGUGUUCAGACUGGAUUAAUAAUAAAACCAAGCAAGUUUCACUCAACAGUGACAGUGAAAUGGUAUAGCAGUGUCAGAGCUCAGAGCCAGCAUAUAUAUUGCAGGUGUGACCCUUACCGCUUGCUGAGGUACAACAUGGACAGUGUCAUGAGAAAAAAGCCCCCCCUGCCACCUCUGCUUGUGCAGAAGCAUGCUGUCACUCCGGGAAUGGUGCUGAUGUACGCUGGAGGGAAGCUGCUCUUCGGGGGCUGUGUUUUCAACGGAUAUGGCUGCAGCAAGAAGGACCUGCUGAAACAGAUCGGCCAAGCUCGCCUCGACUGCAAGAUGGGUCACUUCCUGCCAGAGAGUUUCAAAUUUAGUUCUAUCCCUGUGGAGGACCCUGACCAGGACAAAUUGAAUAGCCAACAAGAUUCAGUGGAGACAACUAGUGAAGAGCCUUCUUUAGUGUCCAAGGGGAAAGAUACUCCCCGCUCAAAGCUAAAGAUAUUAAAGACUUUGACAGCCAUAAAGUGCAUCUUUUCAAUGCAGCAGCAGCAGAAGCAGAAGAAAAACCAAAAACCUCAAAUAGCACAAGCAAAAGACAGCAGAAGAACCAGUGAGGCUAGAAAAUAGACACCCCAGGUAUCUACUUCACACAGAGAUACCUGUCCAUAGCUACAUCUUUCUAAACCUACUCUGCCAUUUUGUCCAAUCUGUUAUAUUUUGA